CAACACCAAGAGAACAGCUCUGCGUCGCCAAACAAUCUCUAGCCGUGCUGCGCGGCCAUUAGGCACACUCAAUUACAUUGCUUCCGAUAGAAUCUGCUCUUUCAUACAGUCAACAAUGGCAACGCCAGCCUCCAGCGGGCUCAAAUUCCUGAGCAAUGCGCUCGCGACCCCAGAACAACUCUCCACCUCGUCCUCCUCCAUCGAUGGCGUCACACCCGACCUAGAAGCCUCGAUCCGGUUCGCCGGUGCACUCCUCACACAAGCCGCGGGGGUCCUACUCCGGCUCUCGCAAGACAUCAUCGCGCAAGCCAUCGUCACAUUCACGCGGUUCUGGAUCGGAGCUGAGGGAGGCAGUCUGCGGAUUUACAAUGUGAAGGACGUCUCCGCCGCCUCACUCUACCUAACCGCCAAACUCUCCUUCCAACCGACCUCCCCACGCUCCGUCCUCAACGUGUACGGCUUCCUGCUCUCAAAGCAAGCCUCGCCGCUAUGGUGCAUCAACCCCGACCCCUAUCUCGAAUCCUCCUCCUCCUCCUCCACCUCCUCCGAGCACCCACCCCCCAACCCGGAGACCUACAUCCUCACAGAAGGCGAAUACCAGACGCGCCGGGCCGUGCUGAUGCGCACGGAGGCGAUCGUCCUGCGGACGCUGGGGUUCAACACGCACGUGGCGCUGCCGCACACAAUCUCUCUAACGUACCUGCAGACGCUGGGGGUGGCGGCGCCGGGCGUAGCGCGGCGGGUGUUUGGGCACCUUAACGCGGCGCUGCUGUCGCCGCAGCUGUUGUAUGUGACGCAUCAGCCGAAUGCGCUGGCGGUGGCGGCGAUCUAUCUCGCGGCGCGCGAGGAGGGGGUCAAGCUGGUAGGGAGUGAGUGGUGGGAGGUGUUUGAUGUGGAUCGCGAGGAGUUGGGGUUCUUGGUCGUGGCGAUGCGGAGUAUGGAGGGGUUUGCGGAGAGGGAGUUGCGGGUGUGGAAGGGGAAGGGGGUGCCGAUGACGGUUGAGGAGGUGGAGGAGGAGAUUGAGAGGAGGAGGAAGGGGGUUGAGGAGGAAGUUAAUGGAGGCUGAGGGAAUGUUGAUCUGCUAUUGAGAGUGCUCUACUGUACAGUUUCCUGACUGUCUCGGUCGGAUCGAUGUCUUGGCUGGACAUGCGCCUGGAACCGGGUUAUAAGGCCCGGGUUGCAAAGGACAAGGUCCCAUGAGAGUCCUCACUAUUGCUGGUCGCGUUGCACUGCUCUGAGGACUUCUAAGCAAGGUCGGAGCUGGUCUCUCAGACCUUCAGGCCAGCCAGCCCAGAAUAAUUCCUGUGACGAGUGAGAUGAGACAUGCAGAUGAACACACAACAUAAAACUGAUAGUGUAAACUGUGCACUCUGGAUAUACUCACGUGAAGAGUGACCAGCAAUCAGUCACCGCCACAUGAUACGAUAAGCCCCGCG